CCGUCUUAAAUGAAAGAAGUUCCGACUCCUAAAGUUUCGAUUGUGCUUCGCUUUCGGUGACACGAGCUUCGACCUUUCGGUGGACCAUCAAACGCAGGAAGCCUUUUCAUCUCCAAGGUUUCCGUCAACACCAGUGCAGCAUGGCUGAGGGUUGGCCGAGCGCUGAAAGGACACAGGAUGGCAGCUCACCUACUGAGUUUUUGAGAAAUGCAGGAAUUUUGAAGUACGGUCGGGAAUCUAGCAGGCUGUGGCAGAGCAUCCCUCAAGAGCCUCCUGAAGAGUGCACGGCAAAAUGUGAGUUCUGUGGAGAAAAGGCAAGUCCCCUUUCCCCUUUUCAAACAAAGGAAGAGAAGACUGAGGCCGUGUUCUGUUGUGCUCAACGCCAGCAGCUGUGCCUCAGCUGUUUGGAAACAUGUGACUCUGGCACUGGCAGGCUGAGAUCAGUAACACGGAAUCAGCUAUACUGCCAAACCAAGGAGCAUGAGGAUUUCAAAUUAAUUAUGGACUCACCAAAUCUAAUGAGACCAAAGCCAAAAAAGACAGCCAGUGAGGAUUAUUCAACCCAGGUCUCAGCAGUAACACAUUCUCGGGCAGCAAAAGUCCUCAGAUUCUCCUGUGCUUCAGAACACACACGGUGGAUAUUGUGCCAUCGUAAUACAAGUGAGAUGAAAACAAAUGAAGAUGCAGUAGAGAAGCAGGAGCAGCCGGAGGAGGAGGCCUCAGUGUGUGACCAUAACUUGACUCACUUUGGCAAAUGUUAUCCACAGGCUGCGGCGGGAAGAUUACUUCAGAAGUUUUAUUCAAAUGGCAACAAGUUUCUGACUGUAUCCCAGAUGGUUCUGCUUCAAGUCUUUUAUCCAUCCGGCUGCCUGGCCGUCAUCAUUGCAGUCGAUGAUGGAAAGGGGAGGGUCUGCAUUGUUUUUGAUGAUGCUGUGCGGUCCAGUCAGCGAAUCAGGGCCAUGUUCCUGUCAAACGGCAAAGCAACAUGUUAUCACACCAAUGGAAACAUAUGGCUGAACAUGCACAACUCUGGCUGUCAGUGUUUGAAUGAAGAGGGUGCCAGGGUACACCAGUGGACAUGGAGCAGUCCCAGUCCUCUGAAGCCUGUCUUUCUGUCUCUGAACAAAGCCAUAGGGGUUCGAGUCCUGAGCAGGAAAGAAAUAUUUGUCUCCUUCCUUGCAAGUGGCCAACAGGCAAAGUUCCGUGUGGGUUCCUGUUCUGCUCAGGUUGUUCGUAAAUCAGCUGGACCUGCAUUAUUGGAGGAGGAGGUUUUUUUGACAGAAGCCAAAAUUAGGAUCAACCAGGUCAUACAGACCCUUCACCAGUGCCUGAAGACGCCUUCCAGCCCACAUCUACCCAAGACUGGACCGGUUCCUCGUUACCACGCUGCUUCCAAAAAGACUGCUGAACUCGUCGCUGAUGCUGUAUAA